AAUUAUGAACACAAUAUAGGAAUAAAAUAAAGAUAAUUAGAUUGAAUAAAUUGAGAAGAAAGUAAAGAUUGAAAAGCCAAAAAAAGCUGAUUUUAGAAUGCAUGCUCAUGUAAAUCCAUUAAAUGAAACCUUAUUUCCUUAUCCACUUAAUUAUAAUUAAGUAGAUUGGUCUUUGCAUUAUCCAAAAAGAUUUGGGAAAGAUCCUUUAAAGUUAUGUUUGAACACACUAGAAUAUCCUAUCACUUAUGAUGAUGGAGUUAAUGCUGAAAACUCAAGAUCUAUUGUAGAUUUUCUUGAUAUGUAUGUAUAUAUAUAAAAUGAUAAAGUGGUUGUGGAUUUGGUGGAUUAUGUUUUGCAUUAAGUGAGAAUUAUCCUGAUAAAUAUACUUUUGGAAUGGAAAUAAGGGGCAAAGUAGUUAAUUAUGUGGGAGAAAAAAUAAGAGCUUUAAGAAAUGAAGGUUAGGCAAACAAUGUUUCUGUUAUUCGAACGAAUGCAAUGAGACAUUUGCCAUAAUACUUUAGAAAAAAUAGUUUAGAAAAGAUUUUCAUUUGUUUUCCUGAUCCUCAUUUUAAAAAGAAAAAUUAUAGAAGAAGAAUUGUUAAUCCAGGACUUCUAUCUGAAUAUGCUUAUUUAUUGAAACAAAAUGGAAGAAUCUAUUGUAUUACAGAUGUAGAAGAAUUGCAUAAUUGGCAUGUUUUACAUCUUGAAAAGCAUAAGAUGGUAUUUAUGAAAGAAUUAUAAAAAGUUUAAACGAAUUUAAGAUGUGGAAUAGGAUUCUGCUGCAAAACUAAUUUGGAAUUCAACAGAAGAGGGAAAGAAAGUAGAAAGAAAUAAAGGAUCCAAAUUUAUAAUAGUUUGUGAAAAAGUGUGAAAUAGAG